AUGUUUCAUGUGGGAUCGUCUUUAUUUGUUAUACGUUCUCUCAUUAGAUAAUAUGGUCCGCGCGAAAGUGACGUCAUCCGAUCCAUGUUAAGACUAACUACGUUUAUUUUUUUGUGAAUUGAAAAUGGGUAACUUAACAGUUGACAAAGAGGCGUUUUAUCGAAGAAUGAGACGAUUUUAUUCGGCAUGGAUGAAGGCAGAGGAUAAUGAUAAUGGUCUUUCUAAAGUGGAUGCUCUUGUUGUUGGAGUUGGACUAGAUGAGGAAAUUGUAUACAGUAAAUCAACAGCCAUACAGACUUGGCUGUUGGGAUACGAACUGACUGACACUCUUAUGGUUCUUUGUGAAAAUGAAAUAUACUUUUUAGCCAGUAAAAAGAAGGUAGAAUUUUUAAAACAAAUUGAAUCCAGUAAAGAAAAUGAAAAUGCAGUUCCACCAGUUAUACUUUUAACAAGAGAUAAAGCUGAUAAAGAUAAGGCAAAUUUUGAAAAAUUAAUCGAAGCCAUCAAGAAAAGUCGGAAGGGAAGCACAAUUGGUUGUUUUGUAAAAGACAAAUUUCCUGGUGAAUUUCUAGAUUCAUGGAGAACUGCUCUAGGAGCAGGGAAGUUUGAAAAGGUGGAUGUAAGUGCGGCUGUAGCAUAUAUCAUGUCACCAAAAGAAGAUGUUGAGCUGAACACUGUCAGGAAAGCAUGUCAGGUCACUGUUGAUGUCUACACAAAGUAUCUUAAAGAUCAAAUUAUGGAAAUUAUUGAUGCUGACAAGAAAGUGAAACAUUCUAAGUUGGCAGAAGGUGUGGAACAAGCUGUUAGUGAUAAAAAAUAUGUUAGUGGUGUUGAUAUUUCACAAGUUGAUUUAUGUUAUCCACCCAUAAUACAGUCCGGUGGUAAUUAUAAUUUGAAGUUUAGUGUUGUUAGGUGAGUUUGUUUUAAAUUUUA